ACAUCGUUGGAAAUAUAAAAUUUUACGAUGCAAAAGCUUCCGCUUAUAUCGCUGACGAAGACGUCGUUGAUUACAUAAUGCAGUUUAAAUCUUCUACAGGCUGGACAUUAGGAGUGCUGGACCAUAACGUUGAUGAAAUACCAGGAUCCCAAGGAAGUUCUUUGAUUAUAAUUGAUAGUGAUGAAAUAGCACCAUCACCAUCUGUUGAAUCAAUAGAGUUUGUAGAGUCUGUAGAAGAGUUAGAAGAGUCUGUUCAAGGACCUAACAUCACGAUUUUAAAUACAGUUCCUCAAGAAGAAACGUCUUUGAAGAAUAACAUUUCAAGAUUUGGUGUACAAUCAACUAUUGUAACAAAAAUCAAUCCAGAGGUAAAAAUAUUGAAAUAUUAUUAAUACUUAAUCGAUUUUCUAUUUAA